AAUCGGAAAAUUUGUUUAACUGUAUUUUUGAUUUCGAGCUGAGCGGACGUGUAUUGGCCGUAAAAUUUGUAUUUUUCCACGCUGAACAACACGUGUGUGUGUCGGCAAAUUGUAUAUAUUUAUUGACACGAUAUAUACAGGAUAAACUAAGGAGAGAAUUUAUUGAGAAUUGAGAUUGAUUUAAAACAGAUUUGUUAGAAUUGUUUAGCUGCCGCUUUGGUUGCCUUUUCGAUUGUUAAAGACAACGAGUCGGCAACAAAACGUUUAGCAAAUUGCGUUGUGCAAUUUCUUAGGUACGAAUGAGAAUUUUUGAAUUGCAUUGAAGGAGGAGAGAACACAGAGACAGAGAGACCCCAUAAAGACAGAAGAGAGAAAGAGGAGGAUCAAAAGCGGCGCCGGCACUAGCAGCAACAGCGACGUCAACGUUCUAAGAUUGCGAUAAAAAAAACAAACUUGGGCCAUUGCCUCUGCUAUUUCUUGAUAUUUUGUUGACUUUUCUGUGCCUGUUAUCAAUAAUAUUAUUAUUAUUACUAUGGCAAGCAAGCAACAAGCAUCACAAGAACAACAAGUUGCCCCCGCCACAACGAGCAAAGUCAACGGUUUUGUUGCAGCAACAGGAGCUAGUGGCGCCACUGGAGAUGCUCUGGAGUUGCAAGAUGGCCUGUGUUGUGAGGAAUUGUUUAAUAACGGUGAUGGUCUUACCUACAACGACUUUCUCAUAUUACCCGGCUACAUAGACUUUGCCGCCGAGGAGGUUGAUCUCAGUUCACCACUAACGAAGGCCAUCACAUUGAGAGCACCGCUAGUUAGCUCGCCCAUGGAUACAGUAACCGAGUCGGAGAUGGCCAUAGCCAUGGCGCUGUGUGGUGGCAUUGGCAUCAUCCAUCACAACUGCACGCCGGAAUAUCAAGCGUUGGAGGUGCACAAGGUUAAGAAAUACAAACAUGGCUUUAUGCGCGACCCCUCGGUAAUGUCGCCCAAUAAUACAGUUGGUGAUGUCCUCGAAGCGAGACGCAAAAAUGGCUUCACCGGCUAUCCCGUUACCGAGAAUGGCAAACUUGGUGGUAAACUCUUGGGCAUGGUUACCUCACGUGACAUUGAUUUCCGUGAGAAUCAACCGAAUCUCCUGUUGGCCGAUAUAAUGACUACCGAGCUGGUCACAGCACCCGAUGGCAUCACAUUACCAACGGCCAAUAAUAUUCUUGAGAAGAGUAAGAAAGGUAAAUUGCCAAUAGUAAAUCAGGCUGGUGAAUUGGUUGCCAUGAUUGCUCGGACUGAUUUGAAGAAGGCUCGAUCCUAUCCGAACGCGUCAAAAGAUUCCAAUAAACAAUUGUUGGUGGGCGCUGCCAUAGGCACACGGCAUGAGGAUAAGGUUCGUCUACAAUUGCUGGUGGCCAAUGGUGUCGAUGUCAUCAUAUUGGAUUCAUCGCAAGGCAAUUCCAUCUAUCAGGUUGAAAUGAUUAAAUACAUCAAGGACAAGUAUCCCGAAUUGCAAGUGAUAGGCGGCAAUGUUGUCACACGUGCCCAGGCCAAGAAUUUAAUUGAUGCCGGUGUCGAUGGUCUACGAGUGGGCAUGGGCUCUGGCUCUAUAUGUAUCACUCAAGAGGUUAUGGCCUGCGGUUGCCCACAGGCCACAGCCGUUUAUCAGGUGUCCACAUAUGCCAAACAAUUUGGUGUUCCAGUUAUUGCCGAUGGCGGCAUUCAAUCAAUUGGACAUAUUGUCAAAGCGCUGGCCUUAGGUGCCAGUGCUGUUAUGAUGGGCUCUCUGCUGGCUGGCACAUCGGAGGCUCCUGGUGAGUAUUUCUUUUCGGAUGGUGUGCGCCUGAAGAAAUACCGCGGCAUGGGCUCGUUGGAGGCAAUGGAACGCGGCGAUGCCAAGGGGGCGGCCAUGUCACGUUAUUACCACAAUGAGAUGGAUAAAAUGAAGGUGGCCCAAGGUGUUAGCGGCAGCAUUGUCGACAAGGGAAGUGUUUUGCGGUACUUGCCCUAUUUGGAGUGCGGGUUGCAACACAGUUGUCAAGAUAUUGGGGCCAAUUCGGUGCUUAAGUUGAGGGAAAUGAUCUAUAAUGGGCAAUUGCGUUUCAUGAAACGUACACAUUCGGCUCAAUUGGAGGGCAAUGUCCAUGGACUCUUCAGCUAUGAGAAGCGUCUCUUCUAACAUAUGCCCAACGCUGCGUCCUUUCAGCAGCCCCCACAGCAACAUCAUAACCAGCAGCAGCAACAGCAACAACAUCAGCAUCAUCAUGCUCGUUCCCGUUCCAAUUUUACUUCAGCUACAGCUGCCAAUUGUGGGCGUGGCAUUUUUCCAGUUUUUAAAACUUGAGCUAAAGGGACACACACACACAAACACUCUUUCGAUUCCAAUGAUUUGGAGGUUCUCUAAAGGCCUAGCUAAAUAGGAGCAUCCUCUGCAUCCACUUACCCAACUCUCUCCACGAUCCUACGCUAAAAAAGAAAAGAAAAAAGUAAAAAAAAAAUACAAAUAUUUGAUGUAUACUCUAUGUUAAGCGUUUUUUGGAAUCUUAAAUACUGUAAUACCAUUUACCAUAUGUAUCACACUCGCCAGUUAAUCAAUUUUCGCAAUUGCGUACUUACCUAAUUAGUACAUUAAACAUAUAUUAAUAUAUAUACAUAUAUAUUUCAUAGGGAUUAUUACGAUUUAUUGUGUGUAGAUCACUGAAAACUUCAGCUCGAUAUGCCAAACUUAUUAAAUGUAAAAUGAAUAAUUAAAACAACAAAAAAAAAAAUGAACCAAAACGAAAA